UGUGAUUUCUUUUCUCCCCUUGCGGCGACGGUUUGAUGUGGGGUCACGUGACGAGACAGAGGCUCGGGUCUCUGUCACUGAGGAGGAAAGAAGGCAAAGGAGGGGCGGCUGGAACCGGCCUUCUCCCGCCGGUUCCCAACGUCUUUUCUGGGUGUCUCCCGCUGCGUCCGCCUCCCUCACCAUGAUUAAAGCCAUCCUCAUCUUCAACAACCACGGCAAGCCGCGCCUCUCCAAGUUCUACCAGCGCUACAGUGAAGAUACACAGCAACAAAUUAUCAGAGAAACAUUUCAUUUAGUGUCAAAACGGGAUGAAAACGUUUGUAACUUUCUAGAAGGAGGGUUAUUAAUAGGUGGAUCUGAUAACAAACUGAUAUAUCGACAUUAUGCCACACUGUAUUUUGUCUUCUGUGUUGAUUCUUCAGAAAGUGAACUUGGCAUUUUAGAUCUAAUACAAGUAUUUGUAGAAACAUUAGACAAAUGUUUUGAGAACGUCUGUGAACUGGAUUUAAUUUUCCACGUAGACAAGGUCCAUAAUAUCCUGGCUGAAAUGGUGAUGGGUGGAAUGGUUUUGGAGACUAAUAUGAAUGAAAUUGUCACCCAAAUUGAUGCUCAGAAUAAACUGGAAAAAUCUGAGGCUGGUUUAGCAGGAGCCCCAGCCCGGGCUGUUUCAGCUGUAAAGAAUAUGAAUCUUCCAGAGAUCCCAAGAAAUAUUAAUAUUGGUGACAUCAGUAUAAAAGUGCCAAACCUGCCCUCUUUUAAAUAAUUUGUGCACUCCAGGUAAAAAUAUGAAAAAAUAUAAAAGAUGAUCACAUAAACGUUUACCAAACCAAUGUUUUGUUAUUUGAAUAAAAAGUCAAGGUACUCUGUAGGAAUUCUGUAUAAAACUAUGUGUUAUUGAUUUUGUUUUGUUUAGUAAACUUAGAGUGGGUGAAUUUUUUGAUUUCUUAAUAACAUUCCUAUGUCCUCCUAAGCAUAUCACAUCUAAAACAACCAUGUAAUUUUCUGGAAAAUAAUUCAAAACAUUUCCUUUGUUUGUAGAAACAUGUUUUUGUAAUUAGUACAGCAGUCCUGAUCACAUGUCUUCAGGGCACUUAAGAUCCAGAUAUAUAGAUAUAUGUAUAUAUUGCAUGAUAGUAUUCAAUUGUACUUUUUAAAUAAAGUUGCAAUGAAAUGAAA